AUGACUGAAAUUGACUCUGCAAUCGAGGAAUUGAGCGGACGGUCAUCGCCUGGCGUAUUCCUCCCUCACAACGACUUUGAAGACGACGUUCGCUCUUGGUCGCCGGAGAGCGUAGCGGAAUGGAUCGCGGCUGCCGGGUUCGAAGACGACGUCGCCGCAGCUUUUUUGGAUAACGAUAUCUCCGGUGAGAUCCUGUUGGAGCUUGAUUCGGGGUCAUUGAGGGAUGAAUUGGGGAUUCGGAGUUUUGGGAAGAGAUUCGAGAUAUUAAGGGCGAUUGAGAGGUUG